AUUAAACGAUAUCUAAUUAAUAUUGCUCGUAAAUCUUAUUAUCGAAUAUAAAUGCAUUGAAAAUUACGCCUGUAAUUUUCCACCAUCUGUAUUAACCUCUAACCAGUUUGAAAUAUAAGGAGUAGGGGAACUUGAAAAAUUAAACUUGCUUUUGUUUUUGUAUUUUUUACGUGCUUAGAAUUGUUAAUAGUCGUUAAGUUAGACUGUACUUAAUAAUACAUAGUUUAAUUAGUUAUCAAGAGAGUAGUUCACCUGGAGUUUUUGUACGUGUGAAUUUGAGAAAUAUGGCUUCUUCGGAAAUAGGUGUUACAGGUUUUUAUAAAAACAAAAAUAUUUUUAUUACCGGCGCUACUGGAUUUGUUGGUGUGAGUCUCUUAGAAAAAAUUUUACGUAGUAUUCCCGAACACGGAGACAUCUAUUUAUUAGUAAGACCAAAAAAAGGGAAAGAAAUUUCUGAAAGAUUGGAAGAAAUAAAAAAGAAUUCUGUUUUUGAAACUCUGUUUGAAGAAAAAAGCGUUGAACAGGUAUUUUCCAAAGUACGUGCUGUUGAAGGUGAUGUCGGACAAGAAAAUUUGGGAUUAUCAGCAUCAGACCGGCAACUCCUUACGGAAAAUAUCGAUGUUAUAUUUCAUUCUGCCGCUACUUUAGACUUUGGUGAUACGCUAAAAACUACAGUUAAUAUAAAUUUAUUGGGUACUAGACGUAUUACCGAAUUAGCGAAAGAAUGUAGGCAUUUGGCCGUAUUGGUACAAGUCAGCAGUGCAUAUGUAAAUUCAUAUAGACUGGAUGCAGAUGAGGUUAUCUAUCCCCUUCCAAGAGAUGCCGAUGAACUAAUAGCUACAAUUGAGAAACUCAGCCCCCAAGAGUUGGAAGAAGAAACGCCCAAAUUAUUGGGAAAUCAUCCAAAUACGUAUACAAUAACAAAACAUAUGGCCGAGCAUGAAAUACAGAAAUGCGAAAAUUUAUUUCCUUGUGUUAUCGUUCGACCAAGCAUGAUAAUUGGUAGUUGGAAAGAACCUUCUCCGGGAUGGACUAUUAGUAAGAAUGGUCCUCAAGGAUUUCUAAUGGGUGCAGCAAAAGGAGUGAUAAGAAGAUUACCAGUUGCAGUUGAUUUGAUCUACGAUUACAUACCAAUCGAUAUAGUUGUUAAUACUCUUCUUGUUGCUGGUUUCCAUGCGGGUCAGGUGAAGUCGACCAAAGUAGAAAUAUACCAUGCAACAUCUAGUACGAGACAACCAUUCCGUUGGGCAGCGGUGGAGAAUGGAAUUUCCGAUUAUCUCCAUAAAUAUCCUUUGAAAAGUGCCGUUUGGUAUCCACGUUUAAAGUUUUUGCCAUCAAUUACAUGGUAUAGAAUUUCAGCACUUUUUGUCCACCUAUUUCCGGCCAUUAUUCUGGAUACUGUCACUAGAUUAACCGGAGGUCGACCAAUUUUGAUGAAGCUACAUAGAAAUGUCAACAACUCUUUGGGAAUGUUGGAAAAGUUUAUAUUCACAGAAUGGAGAUUUACUGCUGAAAAAACUAGUGAGUUACAAAAAUGGCUAACGGAAGAAGAUAAAAGGCAUUUCAAUUUGGAUUUGAGUGAUCUAAAAUGGGAUGAGUACUUUGUUGAUUUGACAUUGGGGGCAAGGAUUUAUUUGAAUAAGGAUCCUAAGAAAACUUUGGAUGAUGCCAGGACUAAGGAUAAAUUGUUAUUUGUACUACACAUCUUUUGGCAAGUUUUGGUGAUUUCUUUCAUUUGGUACAUAUUUGCUUGUAUAAUUGGAAAAUCCAUGUACUCCUCAGUAAUUAUUGUUCCCGUUAUUUAUUUUUUGUUUCAGCUAUUGUAGAUUUUAAAUCUGCUUUUAUUAACACAGUAUUUUAUCAAAAACUAUUUCGUUGUAAGAGAUCUGAGUAUUUUGUUAACAUUUUUAAAUUAAUGUAUUCAUCAUAUUUUAUAAAUUUAUGUAUUUAAUUAC